UACAGGGGAAAAAAAAAGAGUUUCACCUUAUUUUGGAGAUUUAAAAUAUUUAGGAGGGAUUCAGGCAAGCAUCCCAGCUCUCCAAUCACUCAGGUCAGAACUUUGGAAUUUUUAAUUUUUUUCCCAUAAUUUCUUGUAGCCUCAUAAAACCCCUCCUGAAUUCAUGGGAGUUUCAAGCAUUCCCUGGACCUUCCCUGCCAACAUAUUGUUUUUUGAACUCAGCUAUCAGUGUAAGCAGAAAAAAAAACAACCCCAAAAUGAAAAACAACAAAUUAUCUCACUUUCCUUUUAGCCCAUUGCUUGGGAGUGUGAAUUGUUUCAAAUUGACACAGCAGUCCUGAAUAGUCACUGAUGCUGAAUAUCCUGGUGAUCAAUAUCCCCUUCACUCAACCACAUUAUCUAACCAGAUACUUGCACAGGUAAGUUCCAAAUUAAAUCCUUUCUUUUGCCACUUCAGAGCUUUUAAAUAGAAAUUAUCUUUCCUUCCCUAAUUAAAAGUGUUUCUCUCAUAGGAGGGGCACCAGAGUCUUUUCACUUUGCCAAAAUAAUAUUGAGGUGUCCAGUCUGGGACUAAAACAAAUCCAUGAGUGCUGGAAAAAGCCAUAAUUUCUGCUCCUUGGAAAAGAGUUUCCUGUUCACAUCCAGGCAACAGGAGGUGUCUCUACAACUGCCUAUCUCUCCUGAAUUAAAUGUCAUUUUUACAUAAGGGAACCUUCAUUAGUGAAUGUCACCCACACCUGGGAGAGAGGCAGCGCUUGAAGACACCUGCUCUGAAAUUUCCUCCUGAGAGAAAGCUCCAGGAAUGAGCCUUUGGGGUGGACCUUGUCCCUGCACCAACACUGGGGUCAGCUCUGGGGACAACUGCUGUGACAGAGCAACUGAGCUGCAGGGCCAUGGCAGCUGGGGCUGGUGGCAGGAAGGUGGCACACCAAGGGAUGCUGGAGCAUCCCAGAAUUCUCAGAAUUCCCAGAAUCACUGGGUUGGAAGAGACCUCCAAGACCAUCGAGUCCAGCCCAGCCCCAACAGCCCAACUGAACCCUGGCACCCAGUGCCACAUCCAGGCUUUGUUAAACACACCCAGGGAUGGGGACUCCACCCCCUCCCCGGGCAGCCAUUCCAGAACUUUCUCACCCUUGCUGGAAAAACCUUUUCCCUGCUCUCCAACCUGUAUUUCCCUUGGUGCAGCUCGAGGCUGUGUGCUCUGGGUGUGUCAGUGCUGCUGCAGACAGAGCCCAGCCCCAGGGACUACUGGGUUUUGUGCUGCGGACGGCGGUGCCGGGCGCGGACCGCGGGCGGAGAGCGGCGGGCGAUGCCCGGCGGGGGCCGAGGCGUGCCCAGGGAAGGUCGGGGUGAGGCGGCGGCGGGGACGAGCGGAGCCCCGCUGCCUUGGGAUCUGAGCUCCUGGUAAACACGUUGGCCUGGUAAAGGACAUGAUUCAGACUGUCCCCGAUCCAGCAGCUCACAUCAAGGAAGCGUUAUCGGUGGUGAGUGAAGACCAGUCCCUGUUCGAGUGUGCCUACGGAUCACCCCACCUCACCAAGACAGAGAUGACAGCCUCCUCCUCCAGUGAAUAUGGGCAGACCUCCAAGAUGAGCCCACGUGUCCCCCAGCAGGACUGGUUGUCACAGCCCCCGGCCAGAGUCACCAUCAAGAUGGAGUGUAACCCCAACCAGGUGAACGGGUCAAGGAAUUCUCCAGAUGACUGCAGCGUGGCGAAAGGAGGGAAGAUGGUCAGCAGCUCAGACAGUGUUGGGAUGAACUAUGGAAGCUACAUGGAGGAGAAGCACGUUCCACCCCCAAACAUGACGACCAACGAACGGAGAGUCAUUGUGCCAGCAGACCCCACGCUGUGGAGCACUGACCACGUGCGCCAGUGGCUGGAGUGGGCGGUCAAGGAGUACGGGCUGCCGGACGUGGACAUCCUGCUCUUCCAGAACAUCGACGGCAAGGAGCUCUGCAAAAUGACCAAGGAUGACUUCCAGAGGCUCACCCCCAGCUACAAUGCAGACAUCCUCCUGUCACACCUACACUACCUCAGAGAGACUCCUCUUCCACAUUUGACUUCAGAUGAUGUUGAUAAAGCCUUACAAAACUCUCCACGGUUAAUGCAUGCUAGAAACACAGGAGGUGCCACUUUUAUUUUCCCAAACACAUCAGUUUAUCCAGAAGCAACACAAAGAAUUGCAACCAGGCCAGAUUUGCCUUAUGAGCAAGCCAGGAGAUCAGCAUGGACGAGUCACAGCCACCCCAGCCCUCAGUCAAAAGCUUCUCAGCCAUCAUCCUCAACAGUUCCCAAAACAGAAGACCAGCGUCCUCAAUUAGAUCCAUAUCAGAUUCUUGGACCGACCAGCAGCCGACUCGCAAAUCCAGGCAGCGGGCAGAUCCAGCUGUGGCAGUUCCUGCUGGAGCUGCUCUCGGACAGCUCCAACUCCAACUGCAUCACCUGGGAGGGCACCAACGGCGAGUUCAAGAUGACGGACCCCGACGAGGUGGCGCGGCGCUGGGGCGAGCGCAAGAGCAAGCCCAACAUGAACUACGACAAGCUCAGCCGCGCCCUGCGCUACUACUACGACAAGAACAUCAUGACCAAGGUGCACGGCAAGCGCUACGCCUACAAGUUCGACUUCCACGGCAUCGCGCAGGCCCUGCAGCCUCACCCGCCGGAGUCGUCCAUGUACAAGUACCCCUCGGAGCUGCCCUACAUGAGCUCGUACCACGCGCACCCACAGAAGAUGAACUUUGUGGCUCCCCACCCCCCCGCCCUGCCCGUGACGUCCUCCAGCUUUUUUGCCGCCCCCAAUCCCUACUGGAAUUCGCCGACUGGAGGGAUCUACCCCAACACCAGGCUGCCAGCUGCUCAUAUGCCUUCUCAUCUUGGCACCUACUACUAAAGUGGGGUUGGGGGAGAUAAACAGCAAGGCAAAGCGAAGGAGCUUCUCACUGGGGUUCGGUCCCUGAGGAGUCGCAAUGAACUCUGUUGGAGUACUCGAAUUAAAAGUGCCUAAAGAGACAAGCGAAGGUUUGGCUGGGAAAAAAAAAAAAGCCCAAAACCACAUUAAAAAUAGAUGUCAAAAAGACUUUUUUUUUUGUAGUAGGGAUUUAAAGGAAAUAUCCAAGAAGUAUUAAGAUACUAAAAUGUAAUGUAUAUGGGCAUCGACUCUGUGGACCAAACAACAAUAGACUGUUGUAGGUAGAAGCAUGAAAUGAUAAGGAAAACCUACGGAAGCUGGUGGUCUUAAAAAGUUGAUAAGCUUGUGUGUAAAGUUUGAUAUCAUGCUAGUGCAAAACUGGGACUAUACUACAGCAAUAUAAGGAUAAGUCUAUAGUGACCUAACAUACAGUAUCUGGAUCAUUACAAAAGAGAGGGAAAAAAAAAAGGAAAAAAAAAAGCCGAUCUGUAUUUAAAAAAAUAGAAACAUAUCAGCAGAAGAGACUGGUUAGUGUGGAAGCUGAUUUGAAAUAGAACAGCAGUGUUGUGGUUAAAGUCAAACGAGAUCCAUUCAUCAGAGCGAAUCAGCUACUCAAACUGUGAAGAAAACCCAAACUUUCAGAUUCCUUGACAGUUUUACAGGAACCCUGAGCCAAACGUGGGAAAUGAGAAUGUGCUGGAGGGCAAGUGUAUGAUUGUAGAUCAGAGGCCUGCACCUGGCAGAGGAAGCAGGAAGGAGAAGGAGGAGGAUGAAGGUGGUGAGAAGGGGAGGAAAGAAACUUCUUGACCAGUAGAGACUGAAAAGACUGAAAACUUUGUAGUGUUGGGACUAUGAAGAAACACUUGUUUGGACUUGUGAAACAUAUUGCUCAGUAUUAUACCAUUCCCAGUAUUUCAGGAGGAACAGACUUGAUUCAGUCGUUAUAAAAAGUGGGAAAAGGGAAAAAGCAGAAGGAGGAGCGAGAAAUCAGAAUAUGCAUCUCUCUUUUUUUUUUU